AUGAGCUUAGAAUUAAUGAAAAGUUUGUAUAAAAUGCAGCAAAAACAGGAAUUAACGGACUGUUGCUUCUCCUUCGAUGCUGAUCACAUGGAAACAAAUCACGAAAAAGCCGAACAGAAGUUCAUCUACGCUCACAAAGUCGUAUUAUCGGCAGCAUCUCCCGUUUUCAAGACGAUGAUGUCGGAUAUUUGGUCCAAUAAUGAAGUAAUUGACAUGACUGACACUUCUUAUCACGCUUUUAAGAUAUUAAUUAAGGCAAUUUACACGGGAAACUUGGAACUCGAGAAAGUUCAAGAGACAUUGGAAGUUUAUUCGUUGGCACAUUUGUAUCAAGUCUCCGAAGUGAUUCGACUUGCAUCGGCUUACAUGAUAAAAUUGAGCAAAUAUUCGCCGGAAGUGACGAUUCCUUUUCUCAACCAUGCGUGUCUUUACGAAAAUCAACCAUUAAAAGAGGCUUGUCUGAAGCUCGUUCAAGAGAAACCUGUCGACAUCCUUCGUGCUGAAAGUUUUCUCACCGCAUCGCCUGAAGUAGUCAAAUUAAUUUUCUCUUUGAACUCGUUAAAUGUCCCUUCCGACUCGCAUCUGGUACAAGCAAUGCAGAGAUAUCUCGAAAGUCAUCCCGAUUUACGUCCCGAUCUCGAAGAUGCCAUUUACGCGAUUCGUUUUUUGACUCUUGAAGACGAUGAGAUACUUGAAUGUGGCUUUUUGGACCUCGAAACGAAAGAUCGCUUGAUAAUCCUGAAAAAUAAUCCAAAUUUACCGAUAAAUAUUUUAACGCCUUUCACACAAAAUCGCCAAAAACGAGCAAAUUUCAAACUUUUACCGAUGCUGCCGAGCAACGUGGUCCUCCGAAUGUUCGAGCUGUACAACGAUCGUCAUUGUUUCUUGUGUCAGGAGGCUCACAGUGCGCUUUCGUGUCAUCUGGUAUGGAAAAUGUUCAAACCCUUCACGUAUCUGAACCGAAUUUACUUGAACAAUUAUUCGCACACAUGUCUGGAACGCUACUCGAACGAGCAUAUAACCGCCAUCCUGCAAGCAUUCAAGAAAUUAGCGAGUGACGAACGGGAGAAUAGUCGUUUUGCUGAUUUCCUUGAUUUGUAA